AUGGCUCGAGAGUUCGAGAUAACAGAUAUUGGCAUCAUGGCUUAUUAUCUUGGCAUUGAGGUCAAGCAAAUGAAUGAUGGAAUUUUCAUUCACCAAGAAGGCUAUGCUAAGGAAAUUCUCAACAAAUUCAAGAUGGAAGAUUGUAAAUUGGUGAACACGCCCAUGGAAGUUGGAAUUAAAUUGUCAAGAGAUGAAGAUGGAGAGACGGUGGAUCCAACAUUUUUCAAAAGUCUUGUUGGAAGCUUGAGAUACUUAACAUGCACAAGGCUAGACAUAUUAUUUGUGGUUGGGCUUGUUAGUCGAUUUAUGGAAAGACCCACCAUAACUCAUUUCAAGGCGGCUAAAAGGAUUCUUCGUUACAUCAAAGGUACCCUUGAUUUUGGGUUAUUCUAUUCAUUUACUAAUGAUUUCAAGCUUGUGGGUUAUUCUGAUAGUGAUUGGGCCAGAGAUUUGGAUGAUAGAAAAAGUACUUCUGGCUAUUGUUUUUUCAUGGGAAAUGUUGCUUUUAUAUGGUGUUCAAAGAAGCAACCCAUUGUCACCCUCUCAACUUAUGAAGCAGAAUAUGUUGCAGCCACUUCAUGUAUUUGUCAAGCAAUUUGGUUGAGGAAUUUGUUAAAGGAAUUACACAUGCUACAAAAAGAGUCAACGGAGAUUUUUGUGGACAACAAAUCAGCAAUUGCUUUGGCCAAGAAUCCGGUGUUUCAUGAACGAAGCAAGCAUAUUGAUACAAGAUUUCAUUUCAUUAGAGAAUGCAUAACCAAGAAGGAGGUGGAGCUCAAGUUCAUCAAGUCACAAGAUCAAGUUGCGGAUAUUUUCACCAAGCCCCUCAAGUUUGCAGAUUUUCACAAGUUAAGCAGAUCUCCCUUUGCAGGAUUUGAAAGACUAAUUGGUAAAUUUGGGUUGAAUUUGAGUCUUAAACAAGCUGAAGGCCCUGAAGCAACUGGAAUUGGAAACAUAAUUAGAAUAACCAUAAUAAACAUUGACGGCAGAAAGAGAUGA